AUGAAUACAAAACUUAAAGGCCCUGAAGAUUUUAAGGCCAGCAGUGGCUGGCUUCAUAAAUUCAAAUCUCGACAUGGAAUACGUGAGUUACAAAUUCAAGGUGAAUCAUUAUCAGCUGAUUCAAGCAGUGCUGAAAAUUUUAAACAAAUAUUCCAGUUAUUUGUGGAAAAAGAAGGAUAUUCUCAAGAUUCCGUUUACAAUGAAUCCGAUGAAAGUGGCUUAAACUGGAAAGCACUACCAAGAAAAUCACUUGCUUCUUGCCAAGAACAUGCAGCGCGUGGUUUUAAGGUAUCCAAAGAAAGAGUAACAAUUAUGACAUGCGCUAAUGCGGCUGGGACCCAUAAAUUGCCAUUACUACUCAUAGGAAAAUCAAAGAAACCGCGGUGUUUCAAGAACAUCAAAAAUCAUCACAAGACAGGUAAAGUGUUACUCCUACUAGACAAUGCACCCACUCACCCAUCCGCCGAAGUAUUAAAUUUAAUUGAUCCAGAUUAUAAAGUCAUGUUUUUACCACCAAACGUAACGUCUUUGAUUCAACCCAUGGAUCAGGGAGUAAUCGAAAAGUUCAAAAGAAUGUACCGAAAACAAAUGUUGAGGAGACUUUUAUUAAAUGAAGGCACUGAAGAGAGUGUUGUUGCAUUUUCAAAAUUAUUGAAUUUGAAACACUGCUGUUACAUGGCAGCAGAUGCCUGGGAUAAUUUGACUGAGGAAAAUUUACGAAAUGCUUGGAAGAAGUUGUGGGUUGCUUCUAUGAAGUUAGAAGCCGAAGAAGAAAUAACUGAUCUAAAUAAUUUUGAUGAUUUUGUUGAUUUAUUUAAUGAAAUUCCAGGAUUUAAUGACUGUAAUUAUGAUGACGCUGUUGAUUGGUUAGCAACUGAUGUAAAUGAUCUAGGUUAUCAAAUAUUAGAUAGCGAUGAAAUCAUUUCUUCGUUGCAAAAUGAAGAAAGUGACGACAGCAGUAGUGAUGAAAGUAUGAGUACGCCAAAAGGACCAACAUCUGCUGAAGCAUUUGCUGCAUUUGAAACUGGUCUUGAGUGGUUUGAAAAACAGGCCGAAUGUUGUCCAGCACAAUUACUUCUCCUUAAACGUUUGCGAGACUUGGCUGCAGAAAAGCGCGUAGCGGCUCAUCGCCAAAUUAAAAUUGAUAAUUUUGUCAAAAAAAUAUAA